GAUAUUGUGUGCUUCCAGGAAAUGAAAAUAUCUCGGAGCAACACUGACUCCGACUUGGCGCUGAUACCGGGCUACGACGCCUUCUUUACAUAUCCAAAGCGACGACACGGAUACUCAGGAGUCACAACAUAUGCACGCUCAAAGUAUACCCCAGUCAACGCAGAGGAAGGCUUCACCGGCACACUGUGCAACCCUGCCACCUGCAAGGACCCGAUCGGGAGCUACGGCGAUAUGCUGCAAGAGUUGACACCUGAGGAACUAUUAGAGCUCGAUAGUGAAGGACGGGUCAUGAUCACGGAUCAUCGACUGUUUGUUCUCAUCAAUGUGCGUCGAGAUGCGAGUGACAUUCUGAACGAACGUUCCGACAUGCAUUACGGGUUUCGAACUGAACUCUCGGCAUUCUUAGGCUUAUUUCCCGGUGACGGAUCCAGAGCGUGUGGAAUUCAGGGCCAGAGCAGAUUCUAUGGAGCAAUGAAACACCGAAUCGAAGCGCUCCUCGCCGCCGGUCGGGAAGUCAUACUUGUUGGCGAUAUCAACGCCUGCUAUAGUCCCAUGGAUCACUGUGACCCGAAAAAAAGUCUCCGAGAGAAUGGAAUCACUGAAUUCCACGAUACCCCCACUCGGCGAUGGCUCUACGAUUUCUUACAUCCUAGAGGUCCACUGUACGAUACAUUCAGGGUGUUUCAUCCGACACAGGAAAAGGCAUUUACUUGCUGGAACACCUUACUGAAUGCGAGACCAGUCAACUACGGAACUCGAAUCGACUUCAUCCUCUGCAGCAAAGGCGUUCUCCCAUGGAUCAAAGACAGCACAGUCGAAGCCACCAUAAUGGGCAGCGACCACUGCCCCGUCGCCUGCGUCCUCUACGACACUCACCCGACCACCGGCCAGUCACUAGCGGAAGCGAUGAACCCGCCGGGUUGGACGGGGGAACGAGUCAGGGAGCCGGUCAAGCUUUGUGUGAAGUACUGGGACGAGUUUUCGGGGAGGCAGCAGAAGUUGAGCAGUUUUUUUGUGAAGAAGGGGGCUGGGGGGGUGGUGGAGGCGGCUGCGGGAAAGGCUGGAGUUGUGGAGACCUUUACAAAGGUCGAGUCAUCCAAUAGGGAUGAUGUGGCGAACGGCGAUGUGGGUGCGGUCGGUGCGAAUGUGGUCGCUGCGCAAGAAGUUGCAUGGAACGCAUCAAAGGACUCAACACUUGGCCCGAAACCACCGAUCACACUAGCGAGGAAGGUUCCCCGUCCGGACAAGAAACCUACCCCACCAACAAGAUCAGGGUCAUACAAACCAAUACCAAAAGGCCAAAAGACCAUCGGAUCCUUCUUCGCACCCCGCUCCACGCCCUCAAUACCACCACCACCAGAACCGGACGUCGCACCACCUUCUCAAGGCGCGGACCCCACAUCCUCACAACCCUUCUCACAAUCCCAGCUGUCAACAGACACGGACGUCACAUGCUAUUCCUCCCCCGUCGACAGCCAAACCGACAGCCAACCCGACUCUCUCUCCCUCCUCGCAACCCCUGAAGCCGCAACCCAAUGGCGCGCUCUCCUCAACCCCAAAGCCCCACCCACCUGCUACCACAACGAGCCCACGAAGCAAUGGAAGGUCAAUAAACCGGGACCUAACCACGGGCGCGCGUUUUAUUUGUGUCAGAGGCCGAUUGGUGCGGAGGUGGAGCCGGUUGUUGGGGCGGGGGAUGAGGAGGAGGAGAGGGGGACAGGUCAGGAGAAGGAUCCGAAGGUGGUGUGGAGGAGUAGGAAGAAGGUGGGGGAGCAUCGAUGUGAUUUUUUUCAGUGGAAGAAUCCGCCCAAGAGGAGUGGGAGAGGGGCGGUGGGUGAGGGGGAGGCGCCGGCGGCGAAAAAGUUUAAGCGGUAGGGUUGAACGGUGGUGAUGGGCUCCUGUUUAGAUAGUUAGUAGCCUUUGGGACACAGCGGGUGUCGGGCGUGAAUAGUCUCAGCUCCUGUAUAUGCACAGCCAUGUCAGACGGUAUUUUUAAUAGCGGCCAUGUCUAGAUUCCGUAAAAACAAUGUAUAUUCAUCAUACUACUGAUAUUCUCUCGAAAGACAAUCCGAG